CGGAAUUGCUAAAUUAGAAAAAGCCCAGCCAUGUCCUUGCAUGCUUAACGUUUGUUCUUUCGGAUUUAAAACACCUUUAUAACAUUGCCAGCUCCAGUAUGCCUCUCCAUAAAUACGCUCCUAAAAUCUGGGAUGCCCUCAAACUGAAAGAGGGCAUCUACUCCCGCCUCCCAAAGCAUUACCUGAAGUCCCUGGAGCAGAAGGAGCCCACGCCAGUCCACUGGAGGGCCCUGGGGGUCCAGUACCGACGCAACCCCAAGACGGGGCAGAAGGAACGAGUGCAGGACGUCGCGAUCCCCAUCUACUACCCUCCCGAGUCUCAGAACGGCCUUUGGGGGGGGGAGGGUUGGGUAUCGGGCUACAGAUACGCCAACAACGAUAAAAUGUCCACACGUCUGCCGAAGACGUGGAGACCGCAGCUGUUGAAGAGAGAACUUUACAGCGAGAUCCUGGACCACAAGUUCACCAUCACGGUCACGCCUCGCACCCUGGACCUCAUCGACGCCGCCUUUGGCUUUGACUUCUACAUCCUCAAAAUGCCAAAAGAAGAUCUGAACUCCAAACUGGGGAUGGACCUGAAGCGGGCCAUGUUACUGCGCCUGGCUCGUAGAGACACUCAGCUGUAUCCAGAGGACCGCGCGAAGAGAGACGAGGUGUACAACAAAUACAAGCGCUUUGAGAUCCCCGAAGAGGAGGCCGAGUGGGUGGGUCUGACUCUGGAAGAAGCCGUGGAGAAGCAGAGGCAGCUGGAGCACAAGGAGCCCGAGCCGCUGUUCAAGGUGUGUGCAGAAAAGCUGAUAGAGGAGCUGCACAUCCGAAAGCUGUCUGAGCCUCAUCUCAUUGAGAGCAAAUGAAGAGCAGAAAAAUGAAAAACGUCUGUCGAGCCUCGACAUGAACAAGUCGCAUCUGCGUGCGUGUGUUUGUGUGUGUGUGUGAGUUUGAGAGAGACACACGGGAAGCACGAACCACCACUUCUUUAUCUCACUUCCUCCUCCUUUCUUUGUCAGAACAUCCAACACUGGUGUGAAUACAACAGCUGUCCAUUUGUCAUCUUGUAUAAAGUAUUUGAAAAAAAUAAAAAUCGCCUUUCUGUUGUC